UUUUUUUGUAGAUUACAUUCUAAUAGUUAGUUUAAAUAAUCAGUUCAGAGGAUCAGUAUGCAUUUCGUUUUCGUCAAUACUAUUUAUGAUAAUCUGAGCUGUUGAAAUACAACUAAAGGAAUCAUAUCAUUAUUAUUAUUAUUAUUAUUAUUAUUAGUAGUAGUAGUAAUAAUAAUCAUAUUAAGAGAUAAGCACACAUACUCUUUCAUAUAAUAUAACCAAUUUUCGACAAUUCCUUUCUUUGUGUUUCUAAGAGAAAUCUUUAAUAUUUCUUGUCACUUCGAAUAAACAAAACAAAACAAAAACAAACAAAGUUUUGUUAAUAAAUAAUUAUGACUGAAACAGCCCAUACAUCCGAUUCGGAAAUGGAUGAUCCGAACAAAAUUACAGAUGCUGUAUCAUGUUUAGAUUAUUUAAAACGAAGAGAAGUAUUCCUUUAUAAAAUGAUGAAUGAUCCAAGUCAUAAAGCAAUGCUUUAUUUUCUUGAGGUUCUUAUGAAUUCUGAUAGUCCUAUCACUGUUGACCAAUUAGCAGCGCGUUUUUCGCAUAAAUCAUUCAGUGUAGAAAUGCGUGAUGCAUGCGGUGGUGGAAGCGCUGAAGGUUUGCGUGAAUUUUUGCAACGUUAUCCUUCAUUGUUUAAUGUAAAACCGAAUGGACAAGUGACCUCGGUCACUAUUGAAUUACCUGGCUUAGAUUCAAAUUUCGGUGGUUUAUCUGAUCAAGAAAGUUGUUCAAUAAAAGAAAGCGGUCAGAAAUCAAUAAAUGAAAAUUUAUCCAGCAGUUCUUCUUCAUUGCAAAAUUCCUCUUACAAUUUCGAUUCUAAUUACUCAUCGAAAACAUGUCCAAUACCAUAUGUGCAAAAAGAAUAUACAUAUAGUCAAUUUCGGUCUAAUCGGAAACCCAAUCCUACCAACACCACUAAUAAUAAUAUUAAUCAUAAUACCAUUAUUAAUAAUAACAAUAAUCGAUUGAAUAGUACAAGUUGUUUAUCAUUGACAUCUGAUCAGUCAAUUAGUUCAUCUAAUGGAUCGUCUAACUUUGUAAAAAAUUCAUCUGAUCAUUCCUUAGGACGUAAAAAGUCGUGGAAUAACUUCUCUAGUGGUGGUAUCGACACAACCAGUUACAAAAAUGUUGCUAAUACUACUACUAAUACUAAUACUACCACAAACAAUGAUAAUGAUGAUAAUCAACCACCCAUUGGUUUAUCUUCGAGAAAUCCCUCAACAUUACGAGCAAAAGCUUCAAAUGUUUACCAACCACCACAGUUACGUAAUCCUGAACAUAGAACCUCAUUAAUGCUAUCAUCCGGUUGUGAAUUAUGCUCUUCUUCAUCAAAUGUCCCUACUACAAUUAAUGGUAGUAAUUAUAAUGCCCUACUAAGUAAUCAUCAUGAAUUCUCUGCAAUGACUAAUGGAACAUGCAUACACUGUCCACUGAUAGAAUUUACCUGUCACCAUCAUACACAUCACUGUACAACUGCACAUCAUCAUUCAUCUUCAGCGCAUUGUCACUGUACAACCACUCCACUGACAGCGAAUCCAUCAGCUCCAUUAUUUCACCAUAUACAUGAUCCUAUUCAUAAAAUAUCACCAGCACAAACUACAUUGCGAUCUCCAUCUAUACUACUACCAAACUGUUACAAUUUACCGGUAAUGGAGAAAUUCAUACUCGAAAGUGAAGCAGUACACUUUUUUCAACAGAAACUAAUCAAACGAGAAGAACGUUGGAUACCGAUUAAAAGCUUAGCAGGACAUUUAUCGCAGGCUAGUCCAGAAGUUCGUGCUAUAGUUGGUCCACAGUUGGAAUUUCGACGUUUUCUUUUGAAACAUCCUCAUGUUUUCGAAGUGCAGGGAGAUUUAGUUAGUGUAAAAGAUCCAUUCUCUAGUGUUUUUGGGUUGAAAAGAUCUCACGAUCGUCCGUCAGCUAUUCACUCAAGUCGUUCAUCAUCAAAUCUAUCUAAUGCUGCGCAAAGUUAUCUACCACGUAAUAUACCGUAUGAGAAAAAUCCCCGGCCCAAAUCACUUGUUUUACCGAAUAUGAUAAAUUUUGGACAUUUAUCAAAUGUAUCCGAUGGUAUUGGCGGUUAUUAUACACCAUCAUCGUCGAUUCAACGAUCCACUGCUGGAAGCCGCCAUCGCCGUUCAGCACAUUUUCUAAUUGAUAGUUCAGCAAAAUCUCCUCAGAAUAAAACAUUAACUGAGUCAGAGAGUAUUAGUUCAGUGCCGGCAACACCUAUCAAUUCGAAUCUUGUAUCAGAUAUCAGUAGCCGUGUGCAGACAGAAAGAAUAGAUGUCGAUAAAUCAACUAACAGCAUCAAUAAUAAUAAUAAUAAUAAUAAUAGUGAUGGUGUCAGUUCAACUUCAAUGACAGUAGGAAAUGACACAUCUUCAUUAACCAAUUCAUUACCUAGUGUUACGCUGAACACAAUGAAUAGUAUUAGUUUAACUAUGUCUGCUAAUGAAUAUCGCGCAAUAAUGUUUUUACGUAAAGUAUUAGAAAAACAUGGUGGUGCAGCUGGUCAAUCUGGUUUAAAUUUACAUGAUUUAAUGCAAUUCUUAUCUAAUAAAGCACCUGAAACUGUUCAAACAACAAUUGGUUGGACUAAAAUUGAAUUAGAAGAAUUUUUAAAUCAACAUAAUCUAUUUUUUGAAUUAAAAUUAAUCAAAGCAUCAUUUAAUGGUGAUGAUGAUGAUGAUGAUGGUGGAACAAAUGAUAAUCCUAAUCACCAUAGUGAUUAUUCACAAGUGAAACAACAAUGUCAACAACGUAAAUAUCAACAACUAUCUAAUUCAAAUAUAGAUUAUAUUAAUGUAUGUAAUAAACGUUUAAAUCGUAUGAUUAAUAUUAUAAUUACUGCAUCAAAACCAAUGGAUUUAAAUGGUAUACGUACAUUGACAAAUCGUUGUGGUAGAAUAUUUCAUGUAGCUAAAUUAUGGGGAAUUAUUGAUUUGGGUAAACAUGAACAUGUAUUCUUUGAUAAAUCAAUAUUUCGUCAUGUAGAUGAUUUACAAAAACAUUUCAAAGUUGAUGAAAUUUUAUAUUUCAAUGCUGUUCUUGCACCGAAAGAGUCACGUGCAAAAUGGCGUGCAACUCAUGUUUGGAAAGAAUGUGAUCGUGAAAAUGUUGAAAAAUUUGGAGCAUUAUCUCAUAUGAAAAAAUUAAAUUCAUUAACCAAUAAACAUAACAAAACACUCUUAUAUAAUAUGCAAAACUUUUAUGAAUCCGAUAUAAAUAAACGAAAUGGACAUAACAAAUCGAGAUCACGUGAAGUUGCUAUCGGUACCAUGGAUCAUGAAGGAAAUGUUGGUACUAUGGAAACUACAAUUUCUACUGCUGCUGAUGACGAUACUGAGGUUGAAGAAGAAAUUGAAGAUUUUAUCGUCGAAACGUGUACAAAUAAUAAAGAAAGAGAGUUGGUCAGAUCAAAUCUAAAUCAUCUGGUGGAUAACGAUUCUGACUUAGAAUAUGCUUUAGCUGGUGAUGAGGAGAUUGAGGACGAAGGGGAUGAACCAUUUGUUUCACCGAUAGCACAUGAAGAAGGUUUACAUUUACCAAUUGAUAUAAAAUUUAUACCAGGUGAAGCCGAAGAAGAAAUGCAAUGUGUGCUUAAUUUUCAGUCAAAACACAAUCAUAAUAAAACUGGCAUCCAGCCAUUAUCAAACUCCAAAUCAUCAUGCCUUGAAUUAUACGAUUCAAGUCACUCAACAGAAUUAUGUAACCAAACACAAUCGGAACCAUGUUAUAUAAAAAGCAGUGGUAAUCAUACCAUAACUAUGAUUAAUAAUAAUGACGAUAAUUAUAUUUAUAAUGACAAGAAUAAUGAUCACAAUCGACAUCAUAGCCUUGUGACUUCAUCGACUGAAUCUUCAACGAAACCAAUGAAAAAUACCCUAAAUCAUUUAUCAAAAGAGGAUAGUGGAACAUCAAGUUCGCUAUCUGAAAUGAGUGGUGUAUCUAUAGCUGUUCAAACUGUCUCAACAGGUGAUAUAAUGACAACUCAGUUAUAUCACGAUAAUAAAGUAUAAACAUUGAAACCAUUGAAACAACUGUCAGUCACUAGUAUACAUAUACAUUAUUAAACAAAUCUAUCGUUAAUCGUCAGGAUAUGUUUACAUUGUCAAAAUUCUGAAACCAAAAUUAACGAAUGAAUUUCCCUUUUAUGAUUACGACUCUGUCCUCAUCUAUUCACAUUUCUCAUUCAAGUAAAACGAUGCAUUUUCACUGUUUCCAAUAUUCUAUCGUAUUUUAAAGGUAUUUUAUUUGUUCCAUUGUUGAGUAUAUACAAUAUUAAAAACACAUUUAUUAUAGGCUCUCCUUUAUAUUCACUUAAAUGAUUUGAUCUGUUUGUGUCAUAUCCUCCUUGUUUUUUUUAAUGUAAGGUUAAAUUUCCCUAUUUUUCCCAUUUUGGAAACUUGUCUACAUCCUGUUCAUAUGAUGGAAAUCAGAUUAGACUAAGAGGUCUGGUUGGAAGUCUUUAGUAUUAUUUAUAUAUAAAUAAUUACAUACUACUAAUGGUACUACCUGUUAGUUUAUUCAUUAAAUAUCCCUUUCUACUUAAAGCGUUUAGGUGAUGAUAAUGAAUGCUAAUUGGUUCAUUGAUAAGGCGGCCUGCUUGAGCAUCUGGGCUACCUGUCCCUACCAUCUAAAUAUUUCAACAAGUUAUCUAUUUUUGUUUGUUUUAAUAUAUCAUUAUGUUUAUUAAUCGCAUAACCUAUUCUGCUGCGUUUCUGAAAAUUGUACAACCUUUCAUUGUCAAAGUUACGAAAAGCUCAAAAAGAGAGAAUGUGGUUGCUGGCAAUAUACAACGGAAAAAAUGUACAUUAUUCAGAUGUUCAUUUACUGGACUGCUAACAUCUAACUGGCGAUCACUCGAUAUUUAUCGCCAGGACCGACCAGGAAGAAAGAAAGGGAAACCUGUUGAAAUACUUUGCGCUGAGAAUUCUAUAUUGUACCCAUAAUAUAAUAUUGAGUAAAGCUAAUAAUAAUAAUAAUCACCUUUUAUCAUGUUUUCUUUAAAUUUUUGAUUGUUCCUAUUUCUCACUUAUUAUUAUUUUUAGUUUUGAACAAGUUCAAGCUAAGUAGAUCAUUGUUCAACGGUGACAUAUGAGAUUGAUAAGUGUGAUUUUCUUUUCCAAACUCUUUAAAAUAUCAUAUUUAUGUACCCGUAAUCCAAUCUUAUUGUGUUCUUUUGUCGAAAGAGAAUAUUAUGUUCAGUGUAAUUUACAAUGAUUAUUUCUCACAAGGUUAUUAUCAAUGUAAGAGAGAUCAAACUGCUGGAAAUGCAAUUAUUUAUUAUAUAUCUAUGUACUGUGUGUGUUUGUGUUUGUUUUACUGGGAACAUAAAUUUACUCAGUUCUCAUAUUUAUUUAAGGUUUCCUUCAUUCAUCAUACCUUAAAUCGUUAAAACCCUGACUUACAAACGGACUUAAACUAGCUUUGUAUGAUUUAUUUCGAUUGAUUAGUUCAUUCGAAAAUAUCUACAUGCUAGUGACAAUGUUUGUCAUCUAAUCAUAUUUCACGACGUGCCGAGAUAAAUUGUUAAUCACUUCUAAGGUACAAGAAUACGAAAUAGAGAAGCCUUCAAGUUAUUGAUUUACACUAUAGCAGUUCGUAAUCCCACCUUCAGUCAGAUUUUGCAUGGUAUAAACCUUGUCCAACGUCACUGUUUCUACAAUUCGUGCCUUUCAACUAAAAUUUGCAAGAAAUUCACUUCAAUACUACUAACCGGUAGAAUACGUUUAUUAUCAGGGGAAAACGUAAUAUACAUUUCCAGGUGUAUGAAAGAUUUAUUCAGAUUCUCUUGAAGUCAUGUUUGAGACAUAAAAUUGUUACCUGUUACUGUUUAUCAAGUGGAAUAUAAAAAUAAAGGGAAACCAUACAACGUGUUUAUACGUAAGGUCAUAUUAUUUUUGAAGUGAAUAAAAUAAAAGAAUGACACUCAGUUUUGCAAUUCAAAGAUAUGAAAGUUCAUUGGUCAUACUAGACAACAAAACAAAUAUUAUUCUUGCAACUGGCUAGGACUGGGAAGUUCAAACCAUUGAAUUACAGUUAAAUAAUUUGAUUUUCGUAUGGUUACCAUGAUACCAAGGGGGAACAGAUCUAACCAUAUGUGUGAUCGUAGGUAAGACUUUGGAGGGAUUUUAAACUUCAAAACAGCUGUGUAAUACUCGCUGAAUCUCAGUGAUCAUUCACAUGUGUGGUUCUGUUUGAGUUUAGAAUCAUAUCUGAAUAUUGUAAUGAAAACUGCUUAAGCUUGACUACAACGGCCUUCCUAAUAUGGUCAAGUGCCAAUGCUCGAAGGAACAGACUAAGAUAUGGUUUGGUAACUACUAUCUACAAG